GGAGACUGAAACACCUAUCGAUACUCAUACGGAGACUUCGCCGACCAGCGAAGAAAAGCCAUCGACCCCAGAAGUCACUCCUCAGUCCUUUGAUAUCCAUAUAAAAUGUAUCAACUCGGAUGGCACAAUCAAUGGCAUGAAGGAUAUCCGGAUCCACGUCAAAAGAACGGAUCUGAUCGCAAUGGUAAAACAAAAGUAUAUCGACACCGGACUCUGCGAACACCCGGACUAUAUCGUAUUGCAGUACAAUGGUAAUGAGCUGCUGGACAACACAACAGUGAUGGAGAAUGAUCUUCAUGAAGACAGCACCGUUUUCCACCAGUACUCCAACGUCAACUCGUUUUCGAAAGUGAACUACGGAGAAUUGGCUCAACUGAUUCACGAUGAAGCGCUCAAGAAUAAAGAUUAUCACCAUGCCGGAUUCGAUCCUGUCUACGGUGUCUGGGACCAGACCUGGGACAAGGGCGACGAAUGGGAAACAUAUCCCACUGUAAUGGUUCCCGAUGUCGAUGAAAUGAAUAAAAAGUCCGCGAUUGUCCCGAAGCGCGCAACCCCCUUCAACCCUCUCUACAACAGCAACGAGUUCCCCAAUCGCGUGUUCAAGAGCAUGUUCGUCUCCGUCGUGGGCGGAUUCAUCUUCGAAGUGAUGCAUCGCCUCGAAGGCAAAUGGUCCGGCGAGAGCGUCGUUCCCUCCGAGGAACUCGCCAGCCCCUCUCCCAUAACCUCCUGCGAACUCCGGUUCAAUCCCCGCGGAUACUGGGUCGAGGCGCGGAAUUCGGUGGAUCGGACGGGUCUGGUGACGGUGCGAACGAUCCGGUAUAAGCCGAUCGGGAACGGGAAGCUGCGCGUGGAGAUGAGCGAUGGCAUGUACGCGGAGUGCAAAGUGGAGACGGUGGAAGUGUCUCCGUAUCUGUUGAUGACGACGGCGGUGGAUAUUCGGACGGGAAAGCCGCUGCUGGUGGAGACGGUGACGAUCACGGACAAUGUGAGCCAUGUGAGGACGAUUCAGGACUUCUCGGCGAUGGGAACGGUCAUGGAUGUGUUCGUGAUUAACGAGAGGAGAGUGGUGGAUGCGUCGACGACGGAGUUGGAGCCGUAUGAAGAAGGAUUGAAGCCGCAGAGUAUUUAAAGAAGAAGAAGAAGAAAGUGAAAUAAGGAUAGUU